AAACAAAGGACUGGGAAAGACGAGACGCCGGGUUACUGAGACUGAGGGCUUCAUUAUUUUGGAGCUUCUGAAUAACGAAAUAUAGCAGCAGCGCUCUCAUCUAGAUCUAGAUCUAGGCCUACUUUUGAAAAGACUCAACCUGAUAUGGCAUCUCCAGAAAUUGAGUCAAUGGAAAUGAAAGAGGAAGAUGUGGAAAUGGAGGAGGAGGAUGGAGAAGAGAUGGAGAUGAGGUUAGAUGGAGAGGAAGAGGGAGCUCUUCAUAAGGCGAAACAGGCAAUCACUUGUCGUAGUGUGACGCUCAACACGUUGAUGGAGGACGGCGUGAUCCAUCCAGGGAAGGGGGUCUUGUCCAUCGACUAUUUGGGACAACGUUUUGAAGCUGACCUGCUUGAAAGUGGAAAGAUAAAAUGGCAAGGAUCGGAGGAAGAGUUUGGAACUCCAAGCGCUUGGGCAUUGCAUUGUAAGCGGCUGGUCAACCCAAUCAAACGUUCUGGCUGUGGAUGGGCAUCGGUGAAAUACAACAACAAAAAGCUGGACAUUUGGAAAAGCAUCUGGGCCCGGAAACACAGGGUGAGCAGCCCCUUCAAGGCAUCCAGUGACAGCUCCAACUCUUCCCCCACCAAACCACCACAGCCCAGUACCUCUCCGGCGAUGCUGGCCUCCCCAACUUUGAGCAUAGAUGGAGAAAAAUGUAGUCCACAGACCACCAAAGCACCCCAAGACUCGCCAGUAUCAGUUACUAUCAAUGACAAGGCACCAAUGUCUGCUUGUGUAAAGUCUAGUGAGGGUAAUGAUGACAAAGAUAAAGAAAAACAAGAUAGCACAGUGCACAAGGAAAAGAAAGAUACAGAGAAACCACUUAUGUCUUCAUUACAACAAAUUUUGGUUGCAGAGCCUGCCAAAGUUCCACCAAGUGGAAAAAGUAAAGCUGCAGCUCCAACUGAAGUAACUCCAUUGAAUCUCUCAAGGAUCAGCCCCUCAGACAAGACGACAGGUGUGCUACAGUUGGAAAAGUCGAGCCAUAUUAGCCAGAAGGUCAUUAGAUCGAGGGAGAGUGUUCCGUACUCUUCUCUUGGUACCAGGCGCAUUGAUAUAGACCCCCAUACUCUGGUUCAGUGCGAGAAGUUUGACAGCCAUAGCAAGCUGCAGCCAUUCACUGUGUCUGUAAACAGCAAUGCCCUGCUCCUCAUGGACUUCCAUUGUUACCUCACCAAGUCUGAAGUGGUUGGUUACCUCGGAGGUCGAUGGGACACGCACAAGCAGCAUCUCAGCGUAGAACAGGUGUUCCCAGCCUGUUGUCGCCUCGGUGACCUUGAGCGUGCCCCUCUUGUCGAAGAAGAGAUCCGGCGUAGCAUGAGGUCCAAGCACAUGACAUUGGUGGGUUGGUAUCAUAGCCACCCAUACUGCCAGUCUGACCCAUCAGUGCACGACGUUGACUGCCAGAUGUCGUACCAGCUCAAGAUGAGAGGCUCUGGCUCAAUGUACCAGCCGUGCUUGGCCUUUAUAGUGUCUCCUUUUGAAUACACUCCUGGGACCCUGGAUUCACAGAUACAGGCGUUUUGGGUGAUGCCCAACUUAGAGAAACAUUUGUCGGAGUACUACAGUGGCGCCCAGGACAAACUGAUACUGCGGGAACAAUGGAAGGAAGCUAUCACCUUUGUGGAAAAGAUUCGGGCAUCCAUCAGAGGCAAACUUCCAGAGGAUCAACUGGACAGUGGGACAUUUCUGGACUACAUGCAGCAGCUGCUGAGAGACAUGAAGUGAUUUUCUCUAACUGGGUCAUCAUCGGUUUAAUUGAGGAAUACAGUGGUCAGAGAAUUGACUUACUUUACAGAAAGAGCGCACAGUGUCUGCCCUGCCAGUUGUGGAACUUUCUUGUUAAUUUUCUCUGCUUCUGUUGAUCAUGUCUAGAGCAGGGCAGAGCGGCAUGAUAGGAAAUCUUCGAGCAGUGGCCAGCUGAAAUUCAUGUUGCUGGGGAAUUAAUAAUUCUGUGACUGAGCUCGGGUACUACUAAAAAUGGGAGAUAUAUUUUUUAAUGUCUCGCAUGCUCUGGUACAUCCUGAAUGGCACUACUGAAGGCACGGCACAUAGAGAUGGCCAGGAAGCUUUCUGUUCUAUUUCCUAUUUAUAGGUAAUGUCUUGGGUAUUACACCCUUUAUUAAGAGAUAUGCUGAACUUAAAAACUGAAAGCAGUGUAAGGAAAAUGGCAAAAUCAACUUGAUGCAAAUAUAUAUAUACUCCUCCCAGAUUAUUGCGGCUGAGAUGUUUUCUUCUUAAUUUCUAUUGUCUAUGUCUCUCUUGAGAUUAAAGAAUUUUUCAUAGCUGCUUUACAUUUGACUCUGGGUAUUGUACACUUAUACUUUAUAAUAAUUACUAUGAUGUCAUUUUGGAGAUUUACUAUUUAGAAAAAGACGAACUUAUCUGCUUGUUCAAAGAAACCGUAAACUAAUCUGAUGCAACAUUGCCCAGAUAUUCAGAACAAUGUGAUAUCAGGGAAAUGAAGGAGCGUAAGUGUGUUCGCAAAGUUAAACAAGAUAUUUGUUUCAUUGUUUGUCACCUUGUGUGUGUUUUUUUUAAGGUAGAGAGAAGUGGAAUAUAGACUGGUAAGAAAGGUACGGAGAAUUUAAAAAAGAGAGCUGUUGGUGGAACUCGCAGUGACCAAUGUUUGUUGAGUCUUCUCUCCCUUCCUAAUUUCAGCUAGCUUUUGAUUUUGGUCAGCUUGAAAAAGUUCGUUUUUUUAAUUGGAUGUAAGAAGAAUGUGUACAUCUGUCGGUGUUUCUGUCCAAGGACACGGCACAAACCAGGUGUACUUGAUUCUUUUUUUUUUUUAAACAUGUUUUGUUUUUUGUAAUGAGCGAAUGGAAUGACUAUUACAAAUCAGUGUCCAAAAGUAGUCAACUCGGUGAUGCUAAUUUUCAAUUCAUUAAUUAAACAACCUCAGAUUGGCCUGCAUAAAA